AUGUCUGCAAGCACCCAGACCACAACCACCCUUCCCGAGACUCGGCAGUUCCCUGGAAACUGCACGCUGGACAUGGCCCUGAAAACCAUUGUGGAUGUCUACCACCGUUACAGCAUCCGGGAGGGCCAGCUUGACCUCCUCAACUUCAACGACUUCAAGACACUGUUGACUGAGCAGGCACCGACCUUCCUGCAAACUUGUGGCAGGAACAACCAUGACUACCUGAAGAAGCUGUUCAAAGAGACAGACUUAAAUAAGGACAGAGAGCUGACUUUCGAGGAGUUCACCAUCGUCUUGGCCAAGCUGUCCGAUGACGCCCAUCGCAUCAGCCACGGGGAUGACCGCUGUACACCAGACAAGGAUUGA